AUGUCAUACGGCCAUGAAAGCAUGGUACCACCGGCAGAAAUUGAGGAACCUACAGAAGCCCCACAAGCUGACCAGGAAGAGGUAACACCAGCCAACAACAUCGAGGUCGAAGAAAUAGUUCAACACCCAGCCGACGAUGAGGUAGUUCAAGUCCAGGAGGAUCCGACUGAAAGACAGCCGAUUCUCCUCGGUAUGUCGCCUUCCAUGUCCCACCAGCAUGAAGCACGUGCAGGUACUCUGCAAGAAGCGUUGCAGCCGGUUCUGGAAGAGGAACGAGAGGUACAUGUUUCUUUGGAGGAUCGAGUAGCAGAAACAACGGCGACUCCAGACAGGCAAGAGGAAGAGGUGAUAACGAAUGAUGUCAUCGAGGAACCAGCGGAGGAAGUCGUGCGGCGGAGAGCAGCACCGACACCAGUCGAAGACGCGGCAGGGGAGCAUGACGCUUCGCCCUCGACUUUUAUUUAUGAGACCCUCCCAGAUGGGAUUCAAGAAGUGGACGUCAUUAUUGCUGGAGGCGGAACGGCUGGCUGUGUUGUUGCCGGAAGGCUCGCAGAAGCCGACCCAGACCUGUCCAUCUUGGUUAUUGAACAGGGCCCUAAUAAUCUUGAGGUGCCUACCAUCGUGCACCCAGCCUUGUGUCUGAGCGCCCUUAUGCCAACAAGCAAUGCCACUCUCUUCUAUCAAGGAGAAAAGGAGAGUCAGCUUGGUGAUAGAGAGCUGGUCGUUCCGUCCGGGGGUACUCUUGGCGGGGGCUCGUCGAUAAAUCUUAUGAUGUAUUCAAGAGCUCAACGUUCCGACUUCAAUGCAUGGAAGGUACCCGGCUGGUCAACCGAAGAUAUGAUACCCUACUUGAAAAAGCUCGAAACGUAUCACGGCCCAGGUCCAAAAGCUGUCCAUGGCUUCGAAGGCCCCAUCAACAUCUCUGGCGGGACGUACCGUGCAAAUAGGUCAGAGUCGGAUUGGAUUCAAGCUGCGAACAAAGUGGGAUACCCUGAGCUUGAAGACUUAGCAUCCCUUGAUGCGAACAACGGUGUUCAACGCGCUUUGCGCUAUAUCGGGACUGACGGCACGCGGCAAGAUACAGCCUAUCGAUAUAUUCAUCCUAAGAUCCAAAGUGGGAGAUAUCCGAAUCUGCACGUCGUUGUGAAUUCACAAGUAAAGCGGGUUAUCUUCGAUGACAAAAGAGCUUCUGGGGUUGAAUACAGGCCUAAUCCAAAAGUCCAUCCUGACGGGACCCCUCGUACUAUUCGAGCUAAAAAGUUGGUUGUUGUGUCCAGCGGGGCGCUGGGAACCCCAUCUGUGCUCGAAAGAUCUGGUCUAGGGGACCCGGAGAUUCUCAAGAAGACGGGAGUCGACGUAGUCGCAGAUCUCCCUGGCGUUGGAGAAAAUUACCAAGACCACCAUCUCAUGGUCUACCCAUAUCUAUCGGCCUUAGACGAACAUGAAACUCUAGAUGCCCUUCUUGGCGGCCGAUUAGAUGUUGGCCAAUUGAUUCAGGAGAAUGCCACGAUUCUUGGCUGGAACGCGAUGGACACUACGUGGAAGAUUCGACCAACCGAAACAGAGGUUGUAGCCUUAGGACCGGAUUUCCAAGCGCUGUGGGAAAGUGAUUACAAGAAUGACCAAAAUAAGCCGCUUGUGCUAGGCUCUCUGGUUAAUGCGUUCCCAGGCGAUCCCUCCCUCGUUCCUGCCGGUCAAUACUUUGCCAUGUCUUUAUUCACUGGAUACCCUCUCUCGCGCGGCUCCAUCCAUAUCAGCGGGCCCGAGACUAGUGACAAGCCUAACUUCACUACCGGCUUCUUCUCAGAUGCCAGCUGUGUGGAUAUUAAGAAACAUGUAUGGGCUUACAAGAAGCAGCGCGAGAUCUUCCGCCGCAUGGAGACAUACCGCGGUGAACUCGCGAUGUUGCACCCGCCAUUUUCGUCCAAGUCUAGCGCCGCUCUAGUUCAGUUGGGUGAUAAACCACCCACGAAUGUAACAGACAUUGUGUACACACCGGAGGAUGACAAGGUGAUCGAAGACUACGUGCGGCGGCACGUAGAGACCACAUGGCACUCAAUGGGUACUUGCAAGAUGGGGCCGCGUGAGGAAAAGGGCGUUGUGGACUCGAAGUUGAGCGUCUACGGUGUUGAAGGGCUUAAGGUUGCUGAUUUAAGCAUUCCACCACGCAACGUCGCUGCGAAUACGAUGAACACGGCGGUGGCUAUUGCGGAGAAGGCGGCAGAUAUCAUUAUAAAAGAGUUGGGCCUGUAA